GCUGCUGGCCGUAUGGGGGUUUAUUUUGCUUUGGGCCGCUCCAGUCGCCGCCAUUAGAAGAGCCCGGGGAGCGGGGCGAGAGAGUUCACCCCCCCGUUCCCCCCCCGCCGCGCCGAGUGGGAGCGCCCGCCGCCGCGGCAGGCGGCGCGUUGGGAGAGACCAUGUCUUGAGCGGGGAGAGGACGCCGCAGCCAGCGGGCCGGGGGGUGGGGGGGCGGCGCGGGGCGCAAGCGGCUUCCAGCGCUGAGGCACGGUUCCCGGCGGCGGCGGCGAGGAAUAGUUACCUGCUUAGUGUCAUCCUUCGUAUUUGCAAUCUGAGGAAAAGGUCUGAGCCAGCAUGAAGACAGAAUCGCCCCUUCACUAGAGAAAAAAGCUCCUAUGCAACCAUUGUGUACUAAUGAUGUAUUCUGAUUACUUAGCUUUCUGCCUGACGCAGUUCAUUUCACGAAGUGCACGAUGACAGAGCGUGGAAUUAAAUGGGCUUGUGAGUAUUGUACCUACGAAAAUUGGCCAUCUGCAAUCAAAUGCACCAUGUGUCGUGCUCAGAGACCUAGCGGAACAAUUAUCACAGAAGAUCCGUUUAAAAGCGGUUCGAGUGAUAUUGGUAGAGACUGGGAUCCCGCAAGCACUGAAGGAGGGAGUAGCCCCUUGAUAUGUCCGGAUUCUAGCGCAAGACCAAGGGUUAAAUCAUCUUACAGUAUGGAAAGUGCAAAUAAAUGGUCGUGCCACAUGUGCACAUACUUGAACUGGCCAAGAGCGAUAAGGUGCACACAGUGCUUGUCUCAGCGGAGGACCAGGAGUCCCACAGAGUCUCCUCAGUCUUCAGGUUCUGGUUCAAGACCGGUCCCUUUUUCCGUUGAUCCGUGUGAGGAGUAUAAUGACAGAAAUAAACUAAACACGAGGCCUCAGCACUGGACUUGUUCGGUUUGUACAUACGAAAACUGGGCGAAGGCGAGGAAAUGUGUCGUGUGUGAUCACCCCAGACCUAACAACAUAGAAGCAAUAGAACUGGCGGACACGGAAGAGGCUUCGUCAAUCAUAAACGAGCAAGACAGAGCUCGAUGGAGGGGAAGCUGUAGUAGUGGUAAUAGCCAAAGAAGAUCUCCACCUACAACCAAACGCGAAUCUGAUGUGAAAAUGGACUUCCAAAGAAUCGAGCUGGCUGGAGCUGUUGGCAGCAAGGAAGAGCUUGAAGUUGACUUCAAAAAACUAAAGCAAAUAAAAAAUAGAAUGAAAAAGACUGACUGGCUGUUCCUAAAUGCUUGCGUUGGAGUUGUAGAAGGCGAUUUAGCUGCUGUGGAAGCUUACAAGUCAUCAGGAGGAGACAUUGCCCGCCAGCUCACGGCCGACGAGGUUCGCCUGCUCAACCGCCCGUCUGCUUUCGACGUCGGGUACACGCUUGUCCACCUGGCGAUCCGCUUCCAGAGACAAGACAUGCUGGCGAUCCUGCUCACGGAGGUAUCACAACACGCAGCGAAGUGCAUUCCUGCCAUGGUGUGUCCAGAGGUCACAGAACAAAUCCGCCGUGAAAUUGCUGCAUCUCUUCACCAACGCAAGGGAGACUUUGCUUGCUAUUUUCUGACUGACCUUGUAACGUUUACGUUACCUGCAGAUAUUGAAGACUUACCGCCCACAGUCCAAGAAAAGUUAUUUGAUGAAGUACUUGAUAGAGAUGUUCAGAAAGAGCUGGAAGAGGAAUCUCCCAUUAUUAACUGGUCUCUGGAGCUGGGUACGCGCUUGGACAGCAGGUUGUACGCGCUUUGGAACCGGACGGCGGGGGACUGCCUGCUCGAUUCCGUCCUGCAAGCCACGUGGGGCAUCUACGACAAGGACUCCGUGCUGCGGAAAGCUCUUCACGACAGUUUACACGACUGCUCGCAUUGGUUCUAUACGCGCUGGAAAGAGUGGGAAUCGUGGUAUUCCCAAAGCUUUGGUUUACAUUUCUCACUGCGAGAGGAACAGUGGCAGGAGGACUGGGCAUUCAUACUCUCUCUUGCAAGCCAGCCUGGAGCAAGUUUGGAGCAGACACACAUUUUUGUACUUGCACAUAUUCUUAGAAGACCAAUUAUAGUUUAUGGAGUAAAAUAUUAUAAGAGUUUCCGAGGAGAAACAUUAGGAUAUACCCGCUUUCAAGGUGUGUAUUUGCCUUUGUUAUGGGAACAGAGUUUUUGUUGGAAAAGUCCGAUCGCUCUGGGCUACACGAGGGGCCAUUUCUCCGCUCUGGUUGCCAUGGAGAACGAUGGUUACGGCAACCGCGGCGCUGGUGCUAACCUGAACACUGAUGACGACGUUACUGUUACUUUUCUACCGCUGGUGGACAGCGAGAGGAAGUUAUUGCACAUUCACUUCCUCUCUGCUCAGGAGAUCGGUAACGAGGAGCAGCAGGAGAAGCUGCUGCGGGAGUGGCUGGACUGCUGCGUGACCGAGGGGGGGGUCCUGGUGGCCAUGCAGAAGAGCUCACGCCGCCGCAACCACCCCCUGGUCACCCAGAUGGUGGAGAAGUGGCUGGAUCGCUACCGGCAGAUCCGGCCCUGCACGUCCCUUUCCGACGGCGAGGAAGACGAGGAUGACGACGACGAGUGACGGCGAAUGCACGGAGAGUGAAGCAGCGCGGAGCGUCCGAGCCGGAGUUCGCCUUGUGCUCCAGCAGUUGGUUGUGGAGCGACCCAAUUCUAGGAGAGAACGUGCUGUAAAGGAUUUAUUCUGACUGGCGUGGAGAGAGUUCUAGAAGCUGCGUGAAGAGAGCGAAACGGGCUGGACUACAGUUUGUAUAAAAACAAAAACAAAAAACAGCUGAUUUUAUUAUCAAGACAGAAAAAAACCACAACAAACCACCAACAAACGUUUUUUCUUUCUGAUUGUAAAUCUGUCUAUAAAUGUACCGCAUGUGGUUGUGUAAGAGGUUGUGUAAUAGGAAAAGUAUACCAGCAUCCUACUUAUCGCAAAGAGAUGUUUCCAAUAAGGGCGCUUAGGAAAGCACAUGUUGCAUAUCGCCGCCCUCCGAGGUUCUUUUAUGGUAGAACUUGGUAUUCUCCAUCACCUUUUAGCUACUCUGACACGUUUCUGUGAAAGGCCCUUGUAUGUGAAAUCUCACUAGUGCCCAGGUCAGAUUGUGAGGGUUUUUUUGUUUGCACAAAAUAUCCACAGCAAGUCAGAAGCAAAAAUACAUUCAUUAUUUUACUAGUAUUUUAGUUCCAGCGGUGCCCGUAUAAUAAAAGCUCAACUCUGUGGAACAAACUGGAAGAGAAGCUAAAUUUUCAUUGAGUGAGAUGAUUUGUUUCCUGCACAAGUUGGGGAUGAUUUUUUUGUGUAUUUUUUUCUUAUAGUUAGAUUGUUUUCAGUAUACAUAAGAAUAUUUAUUCAGAGAAGUGACCUGAAAUAUAGGGAUUUUAUUCCCGCGAGCAAACACUACAGGAAAUUGUGUGAAAUCUGAGAGCUCAGCCGCGAUUGAGAAUUUCAUGUCUUGCUGUGAUACAAACUACGUCUCGUUUUACCGUUUAUUCUCAUCAACUUAAACACUGCUGCAAAUGAACCCCCACCUUUUGGAAGGGUUCCUCCUCGCUCAUGGAAUCUAGUGAGAACACACUUGGCGGGUGGAAUUAAAGAGAAGAAUCUAUGCUAAAGUUGUUUGUUAAAGGCACUGUGUUAUAUAUUUCUCAGUAUGUAAACCUGGGAAUUUCUUGCAUGUUGAUUGAUGUGGCCAUACUUAAACUUAUGUAAGUUCCUACGAUUGUAAGUUCAGAGUAUAUUCUCCGGUAGAAAUUUUAUUAUAUUUGAUAACUUUAGCCAUGUAACCUGUAAUGGAUAAAGUUUAUCUAAAAAUCUCACUGAAACACUAAAGGUUAACGCCAGUUUUUACAUAUACAGUGCAAUUCAGGUUGUCUUGAAAAGCACUUUUGAUGGUGUGGUGGUUGAAUAAGGAAUUUUGAAGUAGAUGAAAUGGUUUUAAUUAGAAUUUGGAAAGAAGCCCCAUAGCACAUAUUUUUAUGUAGUUCAGAGCUAUGGAAACCCUGAGGAACUUGCUGCUUUUUGUUCCAAAUGCUGCUUAGAUGGUGUUGAAACGUGCGCAACUCCUACAGAAACGUGGUGACGACACCAAAAGGAUCGAAAGAAUGAUGUACUGUAUUAACUUAGCAACUUUCCCAUCACAGAUUCCACUGGGGUUUAUUAGGAAACAUCUCCACCGUUGGUUAUUUUGGCCAUUAGAUCUCUGACUGGUGCAUGUGCAGACGUUCAGGUGAAAGAACGCAUGAAUAUCCGCAACGUGCGCACGAGUUACCUGACGGAAACAGGCAAACCGCAGAUCCUGAAGAGGUUCUUCAAGCAUAGGGGCCUAUUUCAAAUUUGCUUUCUAAAUUUUGGUUGUGUUUUUCCCCUUACCCUGUCCAGCUGAGACUCACAGCUUUUCUGUUGGGAACCGAGAACACGAGAGUUUCCGUGAUCUGAGCUGGUCUGUGCGAUGUGUUUUCCCUUGUGGUGUAACCCAGAAGUUCUGCUAGGUCAGGACUAAGUGUGCCAGCGUACGUACAAUAGCCAGACCACUGUAAGCUCAGAUCCCGGCUUACCUAGGCCUCACUUCCCUGCGCAGACCAUUCAAAUGGGCGAAAGGAUGAGCUUUCCUUUAGCAGGCGCCUCCGAGGGGCGCGCGAAACGCCACGCGGAGUUUCACGUCCCGCUCCCCCCUUUGCUUUCCGCAGUCCCGUUCCGUUCGAGGGAGUUUAAGCUUCCUCCUAACAUGGGGAGAUGAAACCAAUGUGAAAUCUGCCUUGAGCCGCGCAUGCCUUCCCGCCUCCCUCGCUGUCCUGGGCAGCUGCCGUGCGGCCCCAGCGUCCCCGUGGCAAGUUCAAGUUCAGCGCUGCAGCCAGUCCGGGCUGUUUCUCAGCCGCAUGCGCCGCGCUCGCCGCAAUUUCUCUCCUCCUGGCCUGAGAGGAACAGUCCUGGUACUUCCGAGCUUUCCUUGAUCGUUAUUGUUCUGUUCCCAUGUGCUGUACAAUGGUAUGUUCAGGUUUAACACGCUUCACGGGUCAUUUCGGGACUGGUGAAGUAUCUUAUUUUUCAAAAAUCAAAGUGAUCCGAACCUCAUGUACCUGUAGAUUAAAGAGAUGCAACCCC